CUCAACAACCAGUUCCACGGCAUGGUGCGGCAGUGGCAGGACCUGUUCUACGACGGACGCUACGCUUCCAGCGACCUGGGUAACGUCCCGGAUUUCGUCAAGCUCGCGGAAGCCUACGGGAUCCUCGGGCUCCACUCGGAAGGGCCCGCCGACGUGGAGGCGGUGCUGAAGGAAGGGCUCAAGCACAAGGGCCCGGUGUUGAUGAACUUCGCCAUUGACCGGUUCGAGAACUGCUAUCCGAUGAUCCCUGCCGGCGGCGCCCAUCACGAGAUGGUGCUGGAGGACCCGCCGCAACUGAAGACGAAGACCGCGCGCAAGGGCUCGCGAAAAACGGGAGAGGAUGCGGACGCCGUAUUGCCGGCGUAA